ACAAAGUCUAUUAGCCUUGUGAGGUCAAAGGCUCUCUCAGGCAUUAGAAUUGCCUCCAUUUUCCUGAUGUUCCCUCUGACAAUGAGCUGAAAGAACUAUUAUUUGGCAUCCAGGGAGGAUGGACUACAAAAAACAGCACUGUCUGCAGUGAGACGUCUGGUGGUGCUAUGGCCAAAUGAGAUGGCCAAACGUCUUGUGGUGGCUAUUGCUCUCUGGGCUUUGGGGGGCCCUACUGGGCUUCACCAUCUCUACUUAGGCAGAGAUAACCAUGCCUUACUCUGGAUGUUGACUUUGGGUGGCUUUGGCAUAGGGUGGCUUUGGGAGCUGUGGCUGCUCCCUGGUUGGGUAGCACAGGCAAAUGGUACGCCAGACUUGCCCAACAGUCAACUCCCACCUUUAAACCCUGUGCGUUUUCUUGGCCAAGCUUUAGUAGGCAUCUAUUUUGGGGUAGUAGCUUUGAUUGGUCUCUCUACUCUGCCAGGUUUUUACUUUCUGGCCCUUCCUCUGGCUGUGGGUCUUGGAGUUCAUUUGGUGUCUGAAGUGGGCAACCAAGCCUCCAAUCUUCAAGCAACCUUAACGGCUGCCUUUAUAACUGCACCAAUCUUCUAUGGCCACCCUCUGGGGAUCUUGCCCAUUACUCUCACCACUAGUGUGACAGCCCAGAAUUACCGACGCUAUAAAACCGUCAAUCGCACCAAGAAGAAGCUUAGCCUCCGACUUUACCGACUAGGCCUGGCCUAUCUGGCAUUCACAACACCACUGGCCUACUCUGCCUUCAGCAAUACAACAGCAACUGCCAACUACAUAGCCAGCACGAUUGGAGCAGCCCUGGAUUAUGUCAGCGUGUUUCCAUCAUUGAGUGGAAUAUUGGAAUGGGUGCUGCUUCUCCCUUACCGUGCCGGGAAGAUGUUGGGUUUAAGUGGUGGCUAUUUCCAGGAAUGGGAAAACAUUUUAAAAUUUGUACAAUCUUUCCAGGAUGAAAGAUGUCAGAUGGCGUAUCAGAUCUUAGGUGUCCCUAAUGAUGCCACUCCAGAAGAAAUUACCAAAAGUUACAGGGAGCUGGUGAAGCUUUGGCAUCCUGAUCAUAAUCGACAUCAAGUAGAAGAAGCUGAAAGACGUUUUAUUGAAGUGCAAGCUGCCUACGAACUCCUCAUGCAGACAAAGAAGCCAAAAUCUGCAUGACUGCAUUUUAGACAGCACAGAAAUUUUUUUACCAUCAAACAGCUGGGGAUUAAACCAUUAUUAUUAAAGUAAUGGUUCUCAAAAUAACAUGGACCAAGAUAUCAAAAAGGGAAUCAGUGCCAUCAAUCUUUGCUGGUUUCUGCCCCUGAAAUAUAUGUACGAUAUCAAAAGAAAGGUAUCUUAUUUAUCAAAUAAAUCCUACUAUGUUAACAAUGGGAAAAUGAACCUCAUCCUUUCUAACUUCAGUGAAAAUAAAAUAAGAAUUGCAUAAAAUCAUCUUGCAGGGGAGAUGGGCAGCACAGAAAUUUAAUAAUAAAUAAAAAUGUUCUCACUAA